CUUUUAGCUCGAUCACCACAAACUCACAAUCAAGUUUAAAAAAAAAACAUGAGUGAGAAGUGGAAGCUGUCAAAAAAGGAUGCAUCAGCUGCGUCAUGCUCAUCUUCUAGUUCCUCCAAAUCCAAGUUCUCUAGGAGCUUCUCGACGAGUGCGUCCUCCACAAAGGCUCCCGUAUUCGUACGGAGCUCCUCCACCAAAUGCUCAGUGUCAUCUUCUUCUUCCUCCAUGGCAAGAAGCACCUCGAAGAAAGAGAAAGGAUCAUCAUCAUCAUCAUCAUCUUCCAUUACUCAAAAGUACAGUAGCAUAGCCAAAGAACAGAAGGGUAGGUUUUACAUCAUGAGAAGGUGUGUGGCUAUGCUUGUUUGUUGGCAUAAACAUGAUUCCUAG